GACCGUCCGCUCGGCUGCUGGGAGGCUCGUGCGCGCCGCGUGUGGAGUUUGUAACCGGUGGAUUGGGCGCUGCGCGGCUGAGAGCGCGCGGGCUCGGAACGUGCCCUGUUAACUUUCCGAUCAGCGCAGCGCGCGAGCAGCGAGCAUGGAGCCGUCCGCCGCGCCCGGAGCGGCCGAGCUGGCCGACCUGUACUCCGUGAUCCCGUUCAACGUCACCUUCCCGGACGACGUGAUGGGCUUCGUGCCGGACGCGCGCAACUACACCGAGCAGAACCCGGUGCGGAGCCCCGCGGGGAUCGUCAUCGCCAUCUCCAUCACCGCGCUCUACUCCGUCAUCUGCGUGGUGGGACUCCUCGGCAACAUCCUCGUGAUGUACGGGGUGGUCAGGUACACCAAGAUGAAAACCGCCACAAACAUCUACAUUUUCAACCUGGCCCUGGCCGACGCACUGGCCACCAGCACCCUCCCCUUCCAGAGCGCCAAGUACUUGAUGAACACCUGGCCUUUCGGCGAGCCGCUGUGCAAACUGGUCAUCGCCAUCGACUACUACAACAUGUUCACCAGCAUCUUCACCCUGACCAUGAUGAGCGUGGACCGCUACAUCGCCGUGUGCCACCCGGUGAGGGCGCUGGAGUUCCGGACGCCCGUCAAGGCCAAGAUCAUCAACGUGUGCGUCUGGAUUCUCUCGUCGGCCAUCGGCGUGCCCAUAAUGGUCAUGGCGGUCACCAAGGUGACAGAUCAAGGAAAAACCAUCUGCACUCUGAAGUUUCCUGAUCCUGACUGGUACUGGGACACGGUAACUAAGAUCUGCGUGUUCAUCUUUGCCUUCGUGGUGCCGGUCCUUGUCAUCACCAUCUGCUACGGGCUGAUGAUCCUCCGCCUGCGGAGCGUCCGACUUCUCUCAGGCUCCAAGGAGAAGGACAGGAACAUGCGUCGCAUCACCCGCAUGGUCCUAGUGGUGGUGGCGGCCUUCAUCAUCUGCUGGACGCCCAUUCACAUCUUCAUCAUCGUCAAAACCCUGGUGGAGGUUGAUCAGAGGAACCCCUUUGUGAUUGCCAGCUGGCACCUGUGCAUCGCCCUCGGUUAUACUAACAGCAGUCUCAACCCCGUCCUGUACGCCUUCCUUGAUGAGAACUUCAAGAGGUGCUUCAGGGAAUUCUGCCUGCCGUUCCGCACCAAGGUGGACCAGACCAGCCUCUCCAGAGCCAGGAACGCCACCCGUGAGCCGGUUUCGGUUUGUGCUCCGUCUGAUGCAGGGAAGAAGCCAGUAUGACUAGGCCUGGAGCGGAUCCCUCGUGGGUCCCGCUCAAGGAGAGUCCAGCAGGAGCUGCAGUCUGAGGUCACUCAGAUCUCCACCACUGAAUUCUAGAGUCUAGUCACUGACAAAAAGGGAACCAUUAACCAGACACCUGAGAAGAUUGUUCUUCAACCAUACUUCAAGCAUACCGUUAUAACCAUAAUGAACCAUUGGUGUACAUCAUUACAACAGGCAUGUGUUGAGAAGUUCAGGUGUUCUUCAUGGGCUGGGAAUAUAAGUAGGAAGAGGUUUUGCAGAAUAAUCAAUGGAUUUAACACAUUUUUGCAUCAAUCAAUGGACGAAGGAGCUCAUGACCCAUAUUUACAGUGAAAUCAUCACAUCGCUAUAUGAAGGACAAGUCAUCAGCAGAUGCGUUUUCAUCAGAGGAACAUCAAAACGAGCACAGGCCACAGAUGAAUAAUGAUGCCUCAUUAGGAAAAUUCCUGCUGUGCCAUAUUUUUGUGCUUUUUAUGUACAGCAAUAGCCACAUAAGUAUCAAACUAGGUCGAAUACCAGGGACCUGAAGGAUUUUCGCUUCUUCUAACAGGUGGACACGCGUCCAGUGUUCUCUUAAAGAUGGUCCUGAAAUAAACUCAAAGGACUGUGAUUUCACUGCGGAUGCUCCAAAACCACAAAGACAUUUGUACUCAUGACGCGACAGGAGGGAGCUCAAAGGAGCCGUCCCUGACACAAACAGAGGAGAUAUAAUGCUCCGUGACAGAGCUUGAUAGCUUCAGGCCAACAAACAUGACGUGCUGUCUGGACGUUCUUGCGCUUGACGUGUUGGAUCAUCAGUCAUUAAAGAGUGAAGAAAACCUGACGAUGUUAAGCUGUGCUGCAGCUCCGUGUCACAACAAGGUUGUACUGCAUGUGCCUUCAUCCUCCAUUUGUAUGAACAUGUUUCAUGGACGACUUUCAUGGCGUGUAUUUAUUCAUGAUGUGUCUCCGUUUUUAAAGCUGAAAAAAUUCAACUACAGGGUUGAUUUUGGAACGAAAAUGAUAACAUGAAGAUGGCAAAGACGAUGGACCUGUAACCCUGAUCAUGGACACCCUUUGAUCCAAAAGGCAUCACGCUCAGCUGAGGACGCUUUAGCCGAAAGAUUCAUCCGUGGACUGAGAUCACUGCAUGGAAAUUCAGCGCAAGACUGAGCUGUACAUUUCACUUAAACACAAAUAUUGAUUGUGUGUCACAAUUUAAUGAUGUGGAACGAUAUUUGAGUUCUUACUGUGAUCAAUAAUCCUCACAGGUGGGAAUAUUUAUGAAGCUUCAACUCCAGGAUUAGUUAGAUCUGUCAGUCUGUCAUAGGGUGUUCUCCACUGCACAAAGCACUAGAACCUUUAUAAAACUGGAACUGCUCUUUACACAGAAGAGCUGAUUGAGCUCAUGGCAGCUAAUUAGCCAAAGUAGGCGGUCUUGAGUGGGAUACAAUCAUUAGAAAGAUGAUUAAGUAGUUCAUUGUGAUUUUUAUGACAGUUUCAGUUGUUUGAAAAGGCAGGAGAUGAACUAGAACUUCAGACAUAAGUUCCAUUAGUUCCCAUUUGGGUCUUGUUUUUGAAAGUGCUGUGGAAAAACAUCUAGAUGAAUGGAGUCAAUGGCUACAAUGUUUACAUGCAAUGAUUUUCGGGAAUCUGAUUGAAUACAUUCUGAUUACAGAACAGGGUGUUUAUACUCACUCUACUCAACAGUCUGAUGGAAAUCUCAGUUUACAUGCACAUUGCCCCGAUCAGAUACAAAAUUAUGAGUGCCAUUAGGUGUAGACCAGAGGUCACUAAUUGGCGGACCAUGGUCCGGACGCUGUUCAAUGCAGACCUGGACCUAUGUGUUCCUGUUUUAAUCAGCGUAACUUCUCUAGUCUUUACGGUAGCUUUAGCGGCUGGAGACCAAUCACAUGCACUGUAAAUAUCACACGUGACGCUGCUCAGCCAAUCAG